AUGGUGUCAAGCCAAUGGCGGUUUCAGGUCAACCUGUGGAUCGCCAGUUUGCUUGCACUGGUCUUUGGCUAUGUUGAUGUUGUGAGCCUGCUUCGCUAUCAGGCUUUCACGCACCUGAUCACUGGGAAUGCUGUCUUCCUUGGAUGUGUGGCCAUGCGCCCCAUGUCUUCCUCGGACGACACGGUCCUCGGUCUGCCAUUGCAAAGCCCCUUCUUCUAUGUGGCGCUCUGGGGAUCCUACGCGUUGGGUGCCUUCGCACAGUGGUGCUGUGACCUCCGUUGGCCCCAGCGGGGAGGCAGUGUGGCGGCGCUUCCCCUGGCAGCCAUGUUGAUGUGCACCGAGGUGAUGUAUGUUAUCAUUGGCUGUGAUGAGAUGAGCUGCCUGCGCUGGACUCUGGUCCCUCUAGCCGCCUUUUCCGGUGUGAUUGCAGCUGCCUGUAGCAUUGGUCGCAUGGGUGUCCGAACGACCAUGGUCGCUGGGCAUACACUCACUCUGGCUCAAUUGCUGGCCAAGUUGCUUUGGGAGCAUACCUUGCUCAGGGAAGACAUGCAAAAGUUCCUGAUGAGCUUGGCAGUGAUAGCUGGAGCUUUGGGUGGAGCUUGCCACGGCACACUUGCCGUUUGGCAGGUGCAUCAUCAACAGGGGAUGAAGAGCAACAUUCUCUUUUUCCCCAUCCCUGCUUUGCUUUACAUGCUGAUGUGGCUACAUGACCACCUGACCCCGCGUGGCCGCGUGCGAACGAAGCGGCUUGGGGAAAGCACCGAGGAAACGGGUACACCCCAGGUCUCGGACAGGGCGGAAACGGCGGACGUGGAGGUCUUCAUCUUGGAUGACAGCUUGCAACCCUGUCCCAAGUCCAUGGACGAGAUCACCGGCCUCUUGGGCGUCGCAGGGCCACAGGUGACACCUGGCUAUGUGGAACGACUUGCCCCGGAUGGCCCAGCGCUGAUCGGUGCCGGACCCUUGAGCCAAGACAUGUUCAAGGUGAUUGAUGGCGAGUGGGUCUUGGUGCCCAAAGACAUCAUCAAGAUGCGACCGGACAAUAGCAUCGUCUCCAUUGGGCGAGGUGGCGGCACCGUGAAGGUGCGAGGCGGUGUUUUGAUGGCCACCAACGUGGCGGAGUUGCAGCUGACGGCGGGGGCGGUGAGCGCCUGUUGCAUCACAGAGCCACUGCACGUGGAGGGUGGUGCCUCCGUGGUGCUGGCGCCUUGGUGA